AAUUUCGAAAAAAAAACAGCUGUCUAGUGUAUUUUUAAUUAAAAGAAAACUCCAAAUGUGCUAUUAUUUUUCAAUUACAUAGAAGAAGAAACUGCUAUGGGUGUCUCGACAAUUUUAAACAUCCCUCCGGUUAUGAAGAGAUAUGAAGAAAUGGUGCGAAUUCAGAAAAAGCCACGCCAACGUGAGUUAUUUGAGGACACCAGCAGCUACUUGGGAGCACCUGUUCGCGGUAGCCUGGAGUUAGUUGGGAUAUCGUACCAUAUGAGACCUGCUCCUGACUAUGUUCCUAUUUGGGAACUUGAGGAUAUAUUGAUGAAAGAGCUUAAAUGCUCUUAUAAUUAUACAGGAUUGGAAAGGAUUGAAUCGAGAAUUGGUGAUGUAAGAAGACACGGAACUUUUUUGAAUUGUCAUGAAAUUGUGUACUUUCCGAUGAUAUAUGACAGGUAUUCCUUCCCCACCGAGCUGGCUAAAUAUUUAUGGACAUUUCGUAGCACACGAGCCAAGCCUGAUGCGGUUUACCUAUCUCAGUUCAGGAAGUGUUUCAUAGCUGCAAUUCACAAGUUUAAGAUGUCACACAAAGAAAUAAUAAUUAAUAAUCUUAUGCUAAACGAUAGCCUUUACUGCCUUAAUUGGUUCAACCAUCAAUCGAAACAGCAAAUUAUCACAAUUUUGACAAAAGUAAUGAGAGAACAGAAUCAUCUGAAUUGGAUAUCAGCCGAAAAUACUUUUCUACGACUUGAAGACGGUUUAAAGCUCCUACUUGCCAUUAGUAUAACCAGUGGUAUUUCACUUAAGGGAUUGCAUUUGUGGUAUUUCUUCGGUGAAGGAGUUCUUCCUAUAACAAGUCGUGAAGUAUUGUCAUUGGAGGACCCAUUCAUUCCAUACAAAUUUGAUUUUGAUGAUAAGCUGAUAAGUUAUACGUUUUUCUCCUUCGUGAUGCGGGGUGAUUACUGUAUACCCCGUAUACUGAAACCUCUGGUAUUACAUCUUGCACUUUAUUACCUUGAGUAUUUGGUAAGAUUGAGCGUAGAGUACAGAUACUUAGCUGGAGGUCAAGGUGAAUCAUUAUUAUAUCUUGGGUGCAUAAGGAACGGGACAUUAAGGGAACUAAAUAUGUUGUAUACUAAUAAUGAUGAUCUCUACUUUACCAAGAGAUAUAUAUGUCACAAUGCUUGGAAAAAAGCUUAUAAACUAUGUCCAUGUCUUCGAAUUAACUUUGUUGCACCUCAAGUGAAAACGUUUCAUUCUGUCGGACCAGUUUUAAUCAAUUAUAUGCCUCUUGAAGGGUUCUAUGCUUCAACAGGGUUGAAAUCUGAUGAUGAACCCGUGUUGUUUCAUGGACUUGUCCAUACUCUGGUUACUAAUUUUAAAAAAUUCCUUAAAAAAAUAAAUUUAUAUUUAUGCCGUCCUAUGACACCUGUGGAUCAUGUUAUAGCGAGACUUCUCAUGGAUCUACCAUUCUUAGAAGAAUUCACAUAUCGAGGUCCUCUGGAAAAUAUUUCUUCCCUCCAUAUUAUUCUCAAAUAUAUUGAAAACAACUCUUUAAGAAUUAAGAAAUUUCAUUUCUACUUAACAGAAGAUCCAUGUAAUCCAGAACCAUAUAUUAAAGCAAUGAGUGAAAUUCAUGAUCAGUAUGAACCGGUGUUUGUUGAAAAAGGAAUUUCUUUUAAAUUAGAGACUUGUCAAUGCUAAAACUGUCAAAUUUUCUCUUCCGACAACUUACCAAUACAAAAGUAUGAUAAACACAAGCUUUGUCAUUCGGCGACAUAGGUAACUCACUACAGUGCAACUAAAUAAGGUUGGUAAUUGCCUUGUGAUCAACUAACUUGAAAAUAAACGAAUUUCUUGUCCAUCUUCUAACUAUAUUUUGUCUUUAUUUUGCUACAUUUUUAAAUCAUUGAACAGCUG